AUGGGCACAAGCAUACAAGAACCAAAAAACCGUGCAUUUGAGGCAAUAGCACGAAGAGAAGCUCAUGAGCUUCAAUUACAACAAAAUCACAAGAACAAUAAACGAUUUCUUGAAAGUUCUGCUGAUUUGAAGUCUAAAUCUGCUGCAAACACCAUGUCCAAAAAAGGCAAAUAUUCUUUCUCAGGGCAAACUACUAAACGUGAUGUAGAAGAAGAUCAUCCUAUAUAUCUUCCACUCUCUCACCCCACAAAUGGGAAUCUAGCAAAGUCAGAUCUUCAGGUAAAUGUGGUGGACAAGAUUUUGCAUGAAGUUCUAGAGAGAGGUGAUUCUGCCCAAAAUUACAUUCAGGGAUCUAGAAGAAUGAAAAUUGACAACCGUGUCUAUCUUGAUAAUAUAGUAAAAAUUAGCAAAAUAUCUGGCAACAUUACACUUACAAAAGCUUUACAAAGCCACUCAAAAAGAUCAAAAAAACACAUGUCAAUGAAACAACACAAGAAAUACGGAUCAUUGGAUUUGCCUCAAGACCUUCACAACUUUGAAAUGUUUAAACCAAUGCAUGAACUGUGGAAAGACUACAUAAUGCAACUUCUAAAGAGCGCUGGGAAAAGUCAAAUGGCUCAAUGUCUUUUUGGUGCAGAUCUACACGGGGCACUUAUUCUAGUGAGUGGGAUCAUGAUCCGUGAAACUGCAGAGACAUUGGGAAUAAUCACAAAAGAUAAUAAAUACAAAGUUGUAUUGAAGAAUAUAUCUGUAUUUAUGCUCCAAGUCGAUUGCUGGAAGAUUACACUCCAUGGAGAUAAGCUCACUUCCAGGAAAAUUGGCCAAUGA